AUGGCCGCCGCUGGCGCGAGGGCUCAAAAGCCCGUCGGCUCUGCCGCAUGGAUUGCGGCAGAGAAAGAGAACAUGGCGGAACUAGUCGAGCAAGAGAUGGAGGAGGUUGAAUACCCCGUUCGGCAUGAAAUGGAUUGGCUGAACGAGCAUAUGGCCGAAAUCUUCUCCAAAGGUCAAACUAACUUUACCGAUGUUUUCAAAACACCAGGAAAGAUGAGAGGUAAAACACCUCGCACCGCACGCAAGCGAAAUGUGGAGGAAAGUCGAGUGCCAUUGAGCGAGAUCUUUUCUUCGACUCCCAAGCAAGUCGAAAAUAGGGCAAGCCCGAGCCCUUUCAUUCAUCGUGUCAUCUCAAAAUCCACAACGGCAACAACGUCUGCAUCUCCCCGCCCCAAGGCUGUAGAGAAAGAUGCGCAACCUCACUAUCCAACCCUCCCUUCAAACCUCAACUCGUUCCAAACAUAUAACACAGACUCAGGCUAUCAUGGAAUGGAAGAUUUCGACGACGUAGUUUUGCCAGACACAGAGCCAAAUACUCAAGUUUCCACACAACCGAUGGAAGUGGAAGAGCCGACUGUGUUGAGUCCUCAGGUCGAUGUCACGAUGAGUCAGCAAUUAGCUGAAGAUUCCUUCCACUCUGCCCAGGAGAAUGUUCGUGCGCGCGGGGAGACUGUUGAGCCGGUCAAUGUGGAUCCAACUCCCUCGCAGAAACGGACUGCGUCGCCUGCAAAGACGGCUGCUAAGGAUUCAGAGCCAGAGCCGGAAAUCAACUCAACUCCGACACCCAAGACCCAGGCUAAGGCGAAGGCGAGUCUAGGCAAGCAGAAGCAGGAGGAGAAGCCAGCAGACCCGCAAAAACCCAGCACCCCAGAUGAUGCCCAAGACGACGUUCAGGAUGAGGCCGAAGAGGCGGUGUUGCAGUCAUCCCCAGUGAAGCCAGCCGCUACUACGCCGUCCAAGGGGCAAGAAAACCAGGAGCAUGAGGAUAUCGACAUGGGUAUGGAACAUGACGCCAAAGAAGAUACAAUUCUCGACAACUUCGAUGACAUUGGCUCUCCCUCCGACAACUCUACUCCCGAACGACUACCGGUCCGAAAGAGCAGUCUCAGUUUUGCGUCUCUUCCAGCACGUGAACCUCUCACUAAGAGCAUUGGAGGCUCACGACUUUCCCGUACCAGCCACAUUGAUCUUCCCAAGCUGAACAAUGCCGGUAGACUCAGUUAUCUGGGCAGACAGACUGGGAGUCACAAAACUACCCAUGUCGCUCUGGAUGACAACAUUCGCAGUUCUGGUUCUAUCGAUCUUGAUGACGAUAAGGAUGCAGAACAAGCUAGUAGAUUGCACAGCACAAAGUCGACUCAGAGUCUCCAUGAAAGAAUCAGCAUGCUUGGAAAGGCUCCGCCAUCACGACCAAAGAAGUCGAUUGCGGCACCGGUGGUGGGGCUUGUAUCUGCUGGACAGAUCGCUUAUCCAGAGCUAUCCGCUACCAAAUCCGAGUCCAGAGUCGAGAAUUCUGAGUCUAAGACUCGCAUUUCGACUUCUGAUGCUGCGCCCGCUGACGAAGACGAUUGGAUCCCCCAACGACCAAAUCUCGAAAAGAGCAAGACCGCGGACGUUAUGGAAAAUCUUGACACAAAUAGAUUUCAAUCUCCGGGCAAGAGGGAUCCAGCCCCCCGUGUAGAGAAGUAUUCUGCUGAGCCGGAGCGUCCCAAGUCAUCAUAUUCAAUCUUCUCUUCACCUCGUCCCCAUGGUCAUCAACAAAGCGCUUCUUUAUCGCAUAUGACGCCUGCGGCGUCUACUACCCCCACUGGAUCGCCGCGACGAUAUGAUGGACCAAUCAGUGCUUCGAAGACUCGAUUGCAAUCAAUCAUGAAGAGCGCCAAGGGAUUGUUUACAAGCACCGGAAGCUCGGCAAGAAUUGAAACAUCUUCACCUGAACAACCUCGUAUUCAGCCAAAACAACGAGCGAGUGCGGAUAAGGGUGAAAAGGAACUAGAACGCCAGUCGCAGCCUCGUCAAUUGCCCUAUUCCCCACGACAGGAGGGUCGCCGAACUCGCAGUUCCACUGAAAAGGAGCAGAAGCAGCGACAGAAGGACUUGGAGGAUCAACAAGCUGAAGAAUCCCGCCAGGAGAAAGCCCGGGAACAGGAGCGACAACGCGCUAUUCAACUGAAAAUAGCACAAGACAAGUCAUCCGUUGAGCCGGAAGAGCGCACGAGCACAUAUAGUCACAAGGCCUCCCAGUCAUUACGGCCGCAGAGCCGCGAGCCUGAAUCGGCCCAGGAAGUCUCGAGGAUUGCCAUGCCUCAAUCCAAGCAGAAUGAUCGACGCCCUAAGCCAACUCGCGAGCCCAUGCAAAAGCCCAAGCCACAACCUGUGUCUGUUCGUGUUGGUAGCACCCUGUCCCGCGCAAUUCCAAUGCCCACGGCUUCUACCAAUGUUCAGGAAACGAGUGUCCCGGCACCUACACCGAAGCAGGCAACUCUGAAAAAGAAAGCCAGUAACAAUUCUCUGCACACUGCUUCAUCCAAUAGCAGCUUCAAGAGCUCCGUUUCCAGUCAGACACAGGCUCAGCGAAAGGCCCAGCUUGCUAGCGAAAGAAAACGAGAGCAAGAGGAGAGAAAGCGCGAGCAGGAGGAGAGGAAGCGAGAGCAAGAAGAGCGUGAGGCUCGUCGAAAAGAGGAACAGAGGAGGGAACAGGAACGUAAGCGAGCUGUGCAACUCAAGCAGCAGGAGGAAGCACGUCGACAGGCUGAAAGUCGUGCUGAGGCGGACCGAGAGCGCCGAGAGCAGUCUGCUCAGGAGGAUUCUCAAAGAGCGGCGAAUAAGCAGGCAAUUGAGAAGUGGCGAAUGGAAAACAUGCGGAGACAAGAACCGGGUGUCUCUCGACCUGCUUCGCGUUUGGGCUCUCUUCAACCCUAUGGUCGAUCUGUCAACACGCCUGCCGCUAACCCUGCUAAGCCGCCCAAGAGAGUCAUGGACGAGGACGCAGGUCACAGGCCAGCCGUUAGGAAGCCCAGCAACGUUCAUCCUUCUGGCGAGGCUAAGCGGGUCAAGACGGACGAUGAACAUGGGCAGCCCGUUCGAACAAUAGGGCGUCCAGUCCGCCCGCCUAGCACCAUUCGCAAGGUAUGCAUUUUACCUUCAACUUCAUUGUUUGGCCAAUCUGGUAUGGGUCACCAGGUAGGCUCUUUGAAAAUUGGUCAGCCUCAGAGACCCGGACAUCCAUUGGACAUGUCCUCGUUAGCAAAUGGCAAGAUUCCCUUCGCUGAGCCUAAUCGUGCGCCUCCACCAUCGGCGCACAAACCCUCCGCUCCUGGCUCUGUCCACCGCAACCCUGCCCAGGCCAAACCCUCCCCCAAAUACCCCAGUGGUGACAGUAUACACCUUCCCGAGAUUGCUACCGACAGCGAGGACGAGGAUGACUCGGACUCGGAGAUGUUCCCCGUACCCAAGUGGGCGCAGGCCAAAGAGCUGCAAGACCUGCUCGUUGAGCAGGACGGAAUGGAGGUAGACUCGAUCUUCGGACCGAUUGCACCCUUUUCUUUGGAGGAAACUUUCAAGGCCGACAAAAAGAUCAAAAAAUACCGUGACAGAACCAGCAGUGCAAACUGGUCUGGUCCGGACGGUCUCACUCAGGAGGAGAUUCGGAAGGAUGUGGCUGAGCGACAAAAAUUACGUCGUAAUGGUGGCUGGUCUUUCAACAUUUGA